AUGAGAGCACCACAGGCCGAUGAGGGUCGAUUCGAGCGGGCAGUCGGAUGGUACGAGGCCUUUGUGGAGCCAAGACCCGGAAGGAACUCGAUCUUCGGCCUCGGGCGCGACAAUGAGCUCCAGCUCUAUGCGCUCUACAAGCAAUCGAUCUAUGGCCCCUGCACCGAACCCCAGCCAUGGUUAUGGGAUCACCAAGGACGGCAGCGAUGGAAAGCCUGGAGGAAUCUUGGAGACCUGAAGAAAUCCAAUGCCCAGGAAGAGUUUACUGCCUUUGUGCUGGAGAUCCUGCACCAACAUAUGGACCACCCAGAGGCUUUACAAGCGAUCGAGGAUGUUGAAGGGACCCGCCAAUCGCAGAUGACACUGCAGUCGAACCCGUCAACAGAGACCUUCUCGAUCGUCGAGAUGCCUGAAAAGUCCGUCAGCACCGCACCGAGCUGGAGCAGACCGUCGAGUCGACAGAACAGCGCAACAAGCCCCGAUGCUCCCGCGCGAAUCAGCGAGAUACAGUACAACGAUCUGCUCCAUCGGAUGCUUGAGCUGGAGGCUGAGCUCCAGUGCAUCCGAGAGUACCUCGUUCAAGAGAAAGCCAAAUCCCGGAACCGCGAGAGCAAGAUGUUGUGGGCUGCCAUCGCGCUUGUUGGGAGCGGGAUCGUGCUGCUCGCUCGCCACAGAGCCGCUCAUGCAAAUCGAGCGGGAUGAACUCUGGGCUCUCCCCCGCUCGUUCCUGCCGUGCCGGGAAUAGAUUGCAUGGUCUGGGUCUGGCUCGCCCAAGAAGGACGUCGCUGAUGCCUGCUCAUGAGCCUUGCAUCGCCCCAUGCCGGCCCAGCUGCGCCGCGCGCUGUGCUGUGUGCGCAGCGCCGCAUCGCCCCCUGGCGCCUGCCUGGGUUCAUACACCGCCCUCGGGCUUUGGAGG